UACUCUUUUCAUUUGGUCGAAUCGGAUUUUGAACAACCAAAAAAUGGGUUGUUUCAUUAGCAAAUUCAGGUCUAAGAAAAUCCCACCUUCUAGUCCUAAAAAAGAUCAUCAGUCAUGUAAUUCUGUCCAAGACAAGCUUGUCAUACUCUCACAGGUUCAUCCAACACCACCACCUCCUCUUACUGUCAUCAAUACUACUACUACUAAUUUUUCCAAACGGCAUAACCCAAUUCUGACGAUUUCAUCGCCUUCGUCCACUUCCGCUUCCGGCAGUACUAAUACUGGUAGUACCGUGAUUACGAACAGUACUUGUUCGACAUCGCCGCUGUCUUCUUCAUGUUCUUCGUCAAUUAUGUCUUCAAGAGAACGUUCGUUUUCGAACGAGUUUUUAUGGUCACGUAUUAAGGAGAAUCCACAUCUUAUCCAGGUGACGGAUGAUCCUGAUGAAAAGAUGACCAGCCGAGAGAACAAUUCAUUCAAUAAGAAGUUUGAACCACCAAAUAAAUCCUCGACAUCAUCGGCGGUGCCGGUAGUUAAGCAACAAACAUCAAAUUAUUUGCCGCCUAAGAAGCACACUGAGCAUCAGCCGGUCUCGCAAAGGAGACCUCCUCCUUCUUCUUGUGGUUAUUCACCCGUCAUUUCUCGGCAAAAAAGCUUUAGAAGAUUGGAAUUACCACAACCAUGCCCGGAAAGAAACUAUAACAACAAUCUGGGGCCAGCAAGCCGCACAACGACCGCUUCUCCUUUCACUAGGAGGAUUAAUUCAUCUGCAACUUAUUAUUCUCACUCCUCUCCUCGUCGGGGUAGAAAUGCUAAUGGUGAUACGACGAGUAAAGCAAUUUCAAGGAAUUCAUCUCCUCUGCGAAAUAGAGAUACCAAUGGCGAUACGCGUAAGGCAACUUCAAGGGGCUCGUCACCAAAUAGGAAAUAUAAUAAUCAUAAUGUCCCAAUUCAUGACAGGUACUACUACCCAGCAUCACCAUCGUCAUCGUCGUCAUCCUCGGUGAGGCAUAACAAUAAGGAAAAUUUCCCAAUGCCGAGAAGUCAGAGGUUCAAUAAAAGCUGCGAAUUACAGAAAAGGGAGACGGCCAGUUGUGCAACAUCUCGCCGUGUUUGUCCUCUUAAUGAUCAUGCUGAUGGUAAUGGUCACGAGGAUAUUCGAAAUUCGCCAUCCUCGUUGUCAGUACUAGGAGAAAUGAUUCAUAGUCAUCAAGAAUACUUAGAUUCUAUUCAUCAAAUUGAUGAUGAUGAUGAUCAUGGCUUGGAUAACCCUCAUAUCUCCUUGGACUGCUUUAUAUUUCUUUAGUUCUCGAAAUUACUUAUUUUGCACUUGUUUAAUUGUAAGUUUGGAACAGGAUUUCGUUUUGUUUAUUUUAUUUGAGUUUCUGCGUUUAUACUUAAAAUGGUUUGAUGCUGAAUUAUGUAAAUUUUAAGAAGAAGAAAACGACCGAAGUGAUGGCUUAAUGGAUGAGUUGUGUUGUGUGUUUUCUUAUAA